AUGAGGAUAGUUGGUGGUAGAAGAGCAGAGCCUCACUCAUUUCCUUGGACUGUGGCUAUUGUGAAGAAUGAUCGCAUGCAUUGCGGUGGUGCCAUAAUAACAGACCGACAUAUACUUAGCGCUGGUCAUUGUUUUAAAUGGGAUGAUAGGAAGCAAAUGAAAGUUUAUAUAGGUCUAGAUGAUUUGGAGGACAUGAAUAAUGUUGAAAUUAGGAACAUUUCAAGUGUGGUCAUUCACGAACAGUUCACAUCGACAGCUGUUCGAGACGAAAAUGAUAUAGCAAUCGCUACUUUAAACAAACCAGUUGCGUUCAGUGAAACAAUCGUACCCAUAUGUUUGCCUUCUCCGGGUCAAAAAUUUGACGGUAGAGCAGGUACUAUAGUAGGAUGGGGUCGUCUUGGUACAGAUAAAACAUCUUCCAAGGUUCUUAUGAAAGCGAGUCUUCGAAUUCUCAGUGACGAGGAAUGUCUUAAAUCCAAAUUGGCCAGCCAUAUAAAGCCAAUGAUGAUGUGUGCUUUCACUAAAGGAAAAGACGGUUGUCAGGGCGACAGUGGUGGACCUCUUUUGACGUUUGAAUCCGACGGCAGAUAUAUUCAAGCAGGAAUUGUGUCGUGGGGUAUUGGAUGUGCAAACCCAAAUUACCCAGGUGUGUAUACUAAAGUGAGCAACUACAACGACUGGAUCGCAAAGAAUACAGCAAAUGGAAAAACGUGUGACUAA